AAUUUCUUUGUUUCAAAGCACUUAAUCAAAAAGUGAAAGGCUAUAAAAAGAAAAACAGCUAUUCCUAUAUUUCCCCAUUAUAAAGGCUUAACGGACGAACGACUGGCAUUUAAUACUAAAAUGAAUUUUGUUCAACAACAUAUCAAGACCAUCGUCUCACUAUACCGUUUAAUUCCGUACCCUUCCUAUCUUUCCAACAUAAUUCUUGCUGUUGGUUGGCUGUUUUCAUGUCUCCUGGUUUGUGGUUGUCUUUCUAAGGAAUCCAGGACUAUUCGAAUUCUUCGACUUACAAGCCAAAACGUAACUAUUGAUGUUGGCUUUUUCGGAAUUUGCUCAAAAUUGGCAAAUAGUUCAAGGGAAUGCCAUGGUUUAAAAUACUGGAAGGAAUCGAGUAACGCAAAUGCCAAAGAAGCCGCUGUUUAUGUUUGGAGUUUAGUUCAUCCAGUGCUUCUGGGAAUCGUUUUUGGCCUUUGCAGUUUGUCCAUUGUUUUCACGAUAUUAAAAUUCCUAAAUAAUCGUAACAUCCGCUAUUGGGCUAUUAGCUGUCUGUACCUAAACCUUUUGGCUGCAUUCUUUCAAAUUAUACAAAUGGCUCUUUCACAUCUUUCUGCAACAUCGUUUGCACUUGGAAUUGAGGCACUGGGUACUUCCUCUGUGACCCAAGCAAAGUUGGGUAUUGCUGCUGUGGUUCUUGGUUGGAUAUCGGCGCUUUGUUUCUUCUUAUUCGCUUUAAUCCAUCUAGGACUAUGGCUUAUUGAAUGCAACAAACAACGAAUUUUAAAAGCAACAGAAGAAAUAUUCGCGCCAUUAACGAAACCGCAAACAGAAACAGACUCUACAGCAAAAGAGUCGGUUUAACUUAAAACGUGUCUGGCACAGAGAGCCUUUUGGUGAAGGAGCCAUUUCCUCAUGAAUGAUGAACUGCUUUAAACUUUAUUGAACCGGACGUGCAGGCAUAUCCGGGCAAUUCUUUUUAAUUUCUUCUUAAUUUUGUUUGUUCUUAAACUAUCUGUAUAUACUGUGUUUUUUUUUUUUAACAUAAGGACUAAUAUCUCUAAGUAAUUAACUUAUUAAAGCAAAACUUCGUCCAAAACAAAGGAAGAGGUAAGCUCAAUUGACGUUUUUGAAUUUAUGAGCUAAAAUAUGAUUAUAUAAUACAUCAAGAUGAUACCUAUGGCAAUUUAUCUUUAUAAAAGUAAUUGAAAAAGGAUUUUUGACAGACAAGGUCAUUAAGUAUGAAACUUGCGCUGGCUAAUCUACAAAACGAAAGAACGAGAAAACAUUUGAUGAAGGUGCGUGUGUAUAAGAGAGAGGAAGAGAAAAAAGAAUAAAAGCAGGUGGUGUUUGCCAAAGAAAAAUUAAAUGACAAACUAAGAAAAAUCCAGUGACCAAACGUGAUGUUUGAUUUCACUUCUUAGGGAUAUAACAUAGAAUCAGUUUGCGCUUUCUAAAGCACUUCGCGAAUACCAAAGUAGUAUUUUUCCUGCAUGGUCGCACGUAAAUUCCACUGCUCAUUUUCUUUCAAUGGACGCCAUGAAAUACUAGAUGCGUCGUCUUUGUGAAUAGACACAGCACCUGUAGCCAUAGAUACGAAUACGAUAUUUUCCAAUGUUUCAUUUCCAUCAGGAUCGUUUUUUCCAGGUGCAGCUAUGGGACACUUCGGUUGAAGACACUCGGGCAAAUGAACGUUCGCUGCGUAAUCAGUUGCCUCAUAUUUUAAAGUCCAAAACUCGUCCUGAUAUCUGCCAAUAGCAGUGACUCUCCAUUCAAAUGUUUGAGCUAUUAUGCUUUUCUCCGAAUUUUCUAAGAGCUCGGAAGAACCAAGUGAGUCCAAAUCAUCAUCGUCUUUGUGCUCUGCGAUUGUGUCCUGUGUUCCAUGCUCCCGUUCCAUUUGUUGUGCUAUAUCGCAACCAUCAGGCAUAGGCAUAUUGAAAAAAGUAUUUCUCAAUUUAUAAAGGUCGUAAGUAGACACGGAGAAACCAGAACACUCCUUCUCUUUUACAAUGGCAUACUUGGGCCGUCCAACAGAAUUUGCUUUUGCAUUGUGCGUGUCAAUCAUCAUCCUUACUAGAUUAAACUCAGUGUGGGGAUCCAAAUGACUCGGGGGCUCUGAAACGGCAACGACCUUUAAUUUGUUAUAGCGUGGAUUGUUUUUUCGAAAGCGCAUCCAACCAUUAAAGGCUUCGAUAUGAGAGGGCCGAUCUUCAUACACAUAGAUAUUGUGGAUUUUUGAGAAGCGACGAAGCACCUCAUUGAAAAACCACAGUUUAAACUUCAGUGUCUGUGGUACUUUCCCUGUUUUUUCCUUUAGCUUGAACACAGAUCCUUGAAAGCACAGUCCCUUAGCAGAAACCAUACGAUCAAUGACGCUUCGAAACUCUUCAUUACGUCCAGUCAGUAGAAUAGCCAAUACAUUCGGAGCAGCAAUUGACUGACGAGCUUUCUCAACUCUGUCGUAGUUGUUAGAGUUACAAGUAAAAGAAAAGAGUUGGAUUGUCACAAAAAAAAAACGGAACUUGUUUUUACGCUCAGAUAGAACACUUACAUAUCUUCAUUCCACCAACCCUUCCAACCAUCUUUUUCUUCGGCGUCCAUGCCUCUUCCAGUGGCGGCAAGAACACGGCUGUCAAAAAACCAUCCUCCGUUAGCCAGAUCUAUAAAUAAAAUAACAGGUUAGUAAAGUUUCAACCAA